GCUCGCCUCCGCUCCCGCUCAGGCUCCCCGGCUCUGCCGUGGCCAUGUCAUUCCGCCGGGCGCUGGCGCUGGCCGCCUGCGGGCUGGCCGGCGGCUCCGUGCUCUUCUCGGCCGUGGGCGUGGGCAAGCAGCCGGCCCGGGGCGCCGGGGGGGACGCGGAGACCCGGUCGGCGGGAGCCCCCGCCCCCGCCCCCGGGCUGCUGCUCCUGCCCCCCGCCGCCGCCUCCUGCCCCGCAGCGCCGGGCUGGGUGGAGCGAGCCGCCGGCGCGGGCGGCUACUGGGACAGCAACUGGGACAGACGUGAGCCACUGGCUCUUAUCAACCGGAAAAAGAAAAAUGAAGAGACUGGGGAAGAAGAGCUUGCUUCCCGCCUAGAUCACUGCAAAGCAAAAGCUACCAGACACAUAUUCCUUAUCCGCCAUUCUCAGUACAACUUGGAUGGCCGGAUUGAUAAAGACAGAACUCUGACACAACUGGGUCGUGAGCAGGCAGAGCUGACUGGGCGCAGGCUGGCAAGUUUGGGGUUGAAAUUUGAUACAAUUAUCCACUCCUCUAUGACCAGAGCAAUGGAAACAACCGACAUCAUCAGCAAGCAUCUUCCAGGGGUCAAAAAAAUUAGUACUGACCUGCUAAGAGAAGGAGCUCCUAUAGAACCAGUCCCUCCAGUAUCUCACUGGAAACCAGAAGCUGUGCAGUAUUAUGAAGAUGGGGCUCGUAUUGAGGCUGCUUUCCGAAACUAUAUUCAUAGGGCUGAUGCAAAACAGGAAGAGGACAGCUAUGAGAUUUUUGUUUGCCAUGCCAAUGUGAUCCGCUACAUAGUUUGCAGAGCAUUACAGUUCCCCCCAGAAGGCUGGCUUCGGAUGUCCCUUAAUAAUGGCAGUAUAACCCACUUGGUGAUCCGUCCUAGUGGAAGAGUGGCACUUAGAACACUUGGAGACACAGGAUUCAUGCCUCCAGAUAAAAUCACACGCACCUGAGUCUGCAGGUGAUGGCCAUGUGGGAGCUGCUUCUAGUCUCUCUGCACUAGUACAUCCAACUACUGUACCACUAAAUUUCUAUUUGUAAUAUCAGGGUAUGAUGGUAUUUUAAAAUUGUACUUUAAUCCCCUCUACCUCCUUUGCAUACUCAUGUCUGCUUUUCAGUCCCAAAAAGAAGACUACAUUUCUUCAGAGUUCUAUGGACUUGUAUCACUUCAUAAAAUGAAGAGCGACACCUCCCUGCUCUGAGAUGUGGAGUGGGAAAAGACUGGUGAAAGGAUAUUUGUGAGCAUCACUUGCCUGUAAAGUGAAAAUUACUCUUCCUUGUUGAGCUUUUGGUGAACUGAUUCCUUUACUAUAGAGGGGUAUGACUAUUCAUGCUUUCCCCUGUUGAAGUUAUGUACAUGUAGGUGUUUAGCAGACACAAGGCAUACUGAAAUGAGGAGAGAAGUAUAGAGCUGUGGUGUUACGUUGGAGUGUGACUUUAAUGCUUCCUGUCUUGGAUGUUCAUUCCCCUAUUCUGAAAAAUACUUCUUGCCUUGCACAAUGGCAGAAGUCUUUUUGUAUCUACAGAAGCAGCUAGAAGCCAGAAAUUUCCUACCCCUCUUACUCCAGAAGGAAAGUAAAUGUUAAGACAGACUUUCCCCAUAAGCCACACUACCUUGUCCUGAUGUCUGAAUGGGGCUGGUGGCAGUAUCAAAUUGGUCAGGUAGUAGUUCUUAAAGCUUACCUACAUAAGCCAAGCACUUGCGCAGCCCUCUAACAAACAAACUCCCUACUUGAUGCUGUUAAUGCCUAUGUACCUUUUGGCACUCCAACCAUGAGUAGUAAGUUUGGGCAAAAACUCUGGUGCUAUAUGAGUUAAGAGGUGAAAGAGCAAAUAAGUGGGUAGGAAGUUACUGCUAAUCAUGUUAAUAACAUGACAAACUUUUCCUGAAGAAAAUGUUAGGUACUCACCUUUCCCUUGUCAGAACAAAUAUGAAGUUUUAAUCAUGAGAAAUACUGCCUAGCAACAUGAGCAGUUAAAACCCUGAACUUGUUCCAGGCUGUUUGAUCCAACUGCUAGAGACAGAUAGCUUAGUUUAGUGAAACAAGCUAGUAAAGAACAUAAAACUUUGUAUAUGGAAAAUGGGGUGGGGGGGAGAUUGUCUUCAGCAAUCACUACAAGAAAUUGGAAUAAUUUUGUCUAUCAACUUUUUAAAAUAUUUGAAUAAAAAUUUAAGGGGUCUCUUUGUGUACUUUUCAGUAUAGCAAUCACCACAUUUUGGAAUACCCACUGCAAGCCCUAAGAAGGGAAGUGUAUUGGUGAUGAACUGAAGCAUGACAUUUCUGCAUUUUAAAAAGACUACACCAACAUCAUUGGCUCAUGAUCUCAUACCCUUAUAAUUGUUCAAAAGCAACUCUAUGCCUGAAACCAAUACAUACAGGAUAGAUGGGCAUCUUGAAAAUCCCCCACCAUAUAAUCAGUAGCAGUGUCUAAUGCUGAAUAUUUUGUGCACUUUAUUCCAGCACAUUACAUACAGUAUUGAAAGAACCAUAAAUACGUGCAGGGUGGAAGGCAAGAACACAUACAACACAUCUUUUGCACAUGUACAGAAAUCAGCAUUUGUAUUGGCACUAAGGCAUAAAACAAAAUUAAGCUGGCAAUAGCCCUAUUUAGAGAGUACAGAUUUUGUACCAUUAAAAUACCCCUCUCUGAUCUGAGCAACGUGGAGCAUAAAUUUCUCUCCCCCCAAA